AUGUCCCUCCCAACACCAACAUCAAAACCAACACCAACACCUUUCAAAAUCUCCAUCUCUGAUACCCUCCUCUCCUUCAUCAAUGACCGUGUCAGAACCGCCCGCAUCCCAGGAGGUGUUGAUCUUCCUCCCGGGAAAGAAUGGGCCCGCGGUGUUCCUCCCUCGGUCAUGCACCACCUCCAGGAAUACUGGACCACCAAAUACGAUUGGCGCGCAGUGGAAGCGCGGAUUAAUUCCCGCCUAAAAAUGUUCACGCUGCCAAUUGAGGAAGAGGGAGAAGAAUUUAUGAUGCAUUUCGUUGACAAGAUAAUCGACUCUCUCGUCUGCCCUUCAGACCCCAACCAGCAAGCCUACCAUGUGGUAGCGCCCUCCCUCCCUGGCUUUGCCUUCUCAUCCGCUUCGUCAUCCCCUGAAUUCUCAGUAGUAAACAUGGCAUCCAUCAACAACAAACUCAUGCAUGCCUUGGGCUACAGCAAGUAUAUUGCCCAAGGCGGCGACUGGGGCUCCAUGACCUCCCGGGCCAUGGGAAUUGCGUAUCCCGAGAGCUGCGUUGCCGUGCAUGUGAAUAUGCUUGGUACAAAUCCGCCCAGCUGGUGGGCAAGUCCAGUGGCCUUUGUGCGUUUUAUGUUGUGGGCUGCUUGGACAAGCAACCAGGAAGGUGGGAAGUUGAACAGGAUGAUGUGGUGGGGUAGGGAAGAACUUGUAGACUCCCCCCUAGGAAUGCUAGCCUGGCUGCGUGAUAAAAUGGAACCGAUAGUAGACGACGACUUCACCUGGCAAGACGAAGAUGUUAUUACCUGGGCUAUGAUGUACAUCAUCCCAGGCUCCUCCGGCCAAGCCGACAUCUACACCAAUACCAAGGGCGAAAAAUCAAAAACCGCUCUCCCUGCGGCUUCCGCCAAGCUCUCCUCGGAUGUCGAUUUCGGUGCCUCUCUUUUCCCCAAAGAUACAUUUAACAUUCCCUACUUCUGGGCCAGUUCCGAAGUCGCCAAAAACAUUGUCUUCUGGCGCGAGCACUCUCGCGGUGGCCAUUUCGCCGCCGUGGAGAAACCAGUUGAGCUAGUUAAUGAUAUUAGGGAAUUUACGGGGCUGAUUAAGAAGGAUCGGGUUUUAGGGUUGAGAGCCGCGGGGAAGUUGAAGGUUUAA